GAUUUCAUUGUUGACAUCUGUCAUUUGUCAUUUGUAACAACAGGGUGUCUUGAUUAUUUCUCGUAAUUCGACUUUACAAAAUAAAUAAUAAUCACCAUGGAUAACUUAGAAGCCAAUAUUAUGGAUAAAUCCAUGCGCUCUGUCUUCGUGGGCAACAUCCCCUAUGAAGCCACUGAAGAAAAGCUUAAAGACAUCUUUGGCGAAGUGGGCCAAGUUCUCUCUUUCAAGCUCGUGUUUGACCGCGAAACCGGCAAACCCAAGGGUUAUGGUUUCUGUGAGUACCGCGACCAAGAGACCGCCCUCAGCGCUAUGCGUAAUCUCAACGGCUACGAAAUCGGGGGGCGCAACCUCCGUGUGGAUAACGCCUGUACGGAAAAGUCGCGAAUGGAAAUGCAAAACUUGCUAAACCAGCCGCCAGUCGAGAACCCUUACGGUGAACCAAUUCAAGCGGAAAAGGCCCCUGAAGCGAUAAGUAAAGCCGUGGCUUCGUUGCCCCCAGAACAAAUGUUUGAAUUGAUGAAGCAGAUGAAACUGUGCAUUCAGAAUAACCCGACUGAGGCCAGACAAAUGCUGCUGCAAAAUCCGCAGCUGUCUUACGCAUUGUUGCAGGCGCAGGUUGUCAUGAGGAUUAUUGAUCCACAUACAGCGAGUACGCUGCUGCAUCCUCAGAAUCAGGUUCCUGGCACUCUGGCACCGAAGGAGAAGUCGUCGGCGGGGCCGAUACCAAUUAACAAUAAUUUUGCGACAAAUCCGGCACCCGUGCAACCCCCGAGGGAGUUCCAGCCAGUCCCGGCGCCUGUCAUGCAUGGAAGCAGCCAAAACUCGGUGUUCUCAGUAGGUCAAGAUGUCGAUUUACGCUCGAUGGAUCCACGCGGCGGCACAGACCCAAGGUUAAGCCGCAUGGGCGACCAAGAUAUGCGGACCCUCCCUGGACAACUCCCCAACCCCUUGCCGCCGCCCCUCGUCGAAAACUUUCCAAAACUGGAUCAAAAACUUGACAGCUUUAGCAGGGACCCCCGCGGGGGGCCUGCGAACUUCCCUACGGACCCGAGACAGCAGCAGAGAGUCGACCCGAGACAAAAGAAUUUACCGCCGCAGCAGAAUUCGAUGCCCCCGCAACCGGUCAGGCCGCCGCCGCAGAUGUCAGGCGGGUCUCAGGGGGGACCGCAAGGGCCUCGGCCUGCCGCGAGUUCCACUCCGAACAUAGGGCCUGCGGGGGCGUCAGAUCAAGAGAAAGCGGCUUUGAUUAUGCAAGUUUUGCAACUGUCAGAUGAACAGAUCGCAAUGCUGCCACCCGAACAGAGAAAUAGUAUUUUGGUUCUGAAGGAGCAGAUUGCGAAGAGUACUCAUCGUUAGGGUUACUUAAGUUUAAUAAUUGUAGAUUGUUUAUUCAUUACGGGAGAAAUUACAGAAUUUAGCAAACAAUGGGGCAUUUUUAUGUUGUUGAUAAUGAUGUUCAUUGUUACCAACUGUGGUGUAAUGAGUAAGGCGAGUUGAAUAAAACGAGUCGUUUUCCCCAAAUAUAUUUAUUACUUCUUUACUGUAUACAUAAGAAUUAAAAAAUCUUUAAAAUUAAUAACAUAUUAUUAACACAUUUCUAUGUACAAUUUAUGUAUAUAAUAAAAAAGUCAACAACAUAA